CACUCGCUCACCUUGCAUCACUGUGUCGACAUCGUCCUCUGAGCAAAGAAUCGCCCUCGUUGUGUGCUCGCCAUGAAGGUCUUGGCUGCCGUGCUCAUCGCGCUGCUUGCGUUUACUCAGCGCGUGGGCGGCCAGUUCGACGGAAUCAUUCACAACAUUGCGAAAAGUACCCUUUGCGAGAACCAGUACAACGGCUGCGAAGACAGCUUUGAGUGCUGCGUCAGCCUCCUGAGGCAGCGGCAGCGAAAGGCCCUCAUUGACAGGGUGUCCAAGUGCGCGGGAGACAGCGGUGUUGGGUUCGGCGCUGUGUUUGGAGGAGGACCCACGCGGCAGCAGAAGUUAGAGACGAUGACGUGCAUGCAACGGGACCAGCUGGCAAACGUCGUCUUAAACUGUGUUUUUAGACAGCGAAGACGCUGUUAGUAACGAGAAACAAGAAGAAAAAGAAAAAGAAUGAGAAUAAGAAUAAGAAGAAUGAGAAGGAAGAUGACUUUUAGAAUUCUUAUACAGACAUACUUUAUGAACAAUAAGUAUUAGUUCUCUUACAACACUUCACAAUGUUUGGUUUGAGAUACAUUUCCUUGCAGCAUCUUUGGCUUAGCUGAACAAAGUAGGAAUAUAGAGGAUUUUCUUCCUCUUUUCAAAUUACCUAAUGUCCGUAAUUAUAUGGAUAAUUAUUUGUAGUAUAUCAUUAUAUUAUGUAUAAAGAUAUAUGGAUCAAUUCUCUAUCUUUCGAUUCCAUAUUACGCUGUAACUGUAACACUACUAAGGAAUAUUGUAUUUUUUGCACACAUAUAAAAAAGUACGACGCUAACUGUACACUCAAGAGUAUAAUCUUGUGAAAUGUAUGUCUCUGAAUAAAAUCUUAUAACUCG